UGAACCGAUUCGUGGUUUUGGCAUCAUUUAUAAAGCAUCCCGACGUACAAGUUUCCAUUUUACAGGAAAUAGUGGAAAUAGAGCUGUGUAUGGUGUAAACAAAGUAAGAUUAUUUGUUAAUAAUUAUUUGUCUAUUUGCCGAGUGCAUUAGCUGUGAGAGAUGAGCGCGAGUCUAAGUGAACAGUAUGAGGAGAAGGUGCGUCCGUGCAUCGACCUGAUCGACUCUCUGCGCGCGCUCGGUGUGGAGAAGGACCUCGCGCUGCCCGCCAUCGCCGUGAUCGGAGACCAGAGCUCGGGGAAGAGCUCGGUGCUGGAGGCGCUGUCCGGAGUCGCGCUGCCCCGCGGGAGUGGUAUUGUGACAAGAUGUCCACUCGAGCUGAAGAUGAAGAGGAGCCAAGAGAAAGACUUCUGGCAUGGAAAGAUCAAGUACAAGAAAGAUAAUGAUCAGGAUUAUGAGGAAGAUAUUGAAGAUCCAGCAGAUGUGGAGAAAAGGAUUAGGGAAGCACAGGACCAUAUGGCUGGGGUUGGUGUGGGCAUUAGUGAUGAUCUCAUCAGCCUGGAAGUGACGUCAGCUGAUGUUCCUGACCUUACACUCAUUGAUCUGCCUGGUAUUGCCCGUGUAGCAGUUAAAGGCCAACCGGAGAACAUUGGAGAACAGAUUAAGAGGCUGAUCCGAAAGUUCAUCGUGAAACAAGAAACCAUCAACCUGGUGGUGGUGCCGUGUAACGUGGACAUUGCCACUACUGAAGCGCUGAAGAUGGCACAGGAAGUUGAUCCAAAUGGCGAAAGAACCCUUGGCAUCCUAACAAAGCCUGACCUGGUGGAUAAAGGCACAGAGGAUACGGUGGUGUCCAUCAUCAAUAACGAAAUCAUUUACCUUACUAAGGGCUACAUGAUUGUCAGGUGUCGAGGGCAGAAAGAGAUCAUGGAUCGCGUCUCUCUGCUUGAAGCCACUGAGAAGGAGAAGGACUUCUUUAAAGAGCACCCACAUUUCAGUGAGCUGUAUGAAGAAGGCAAGGCCACCAUUCCCAACCUUGCUGAAAAACUCACGCUUGAACUCGUCCAUCACAUUGAGCUAUCUCUCCCACGACUGGAGGAGCAGAUUGAGAUCAAGCUGGCUGAAACUCAGGUUGAAAUGGAUCGUUAUGGCUCAGGGCCUCCUAUAGAACCAGAAGAGAGGAUCUUCUUUCUGAUUGAUAAAGUCACAGCGUUUACUCAGGAUGCUAUUAACCUCACGACCGGAGAAGAACUGAAGAACGUCCAACAUCUCAACAUCUUCUCGAGCCUGCGGAUGCAGUUUGCUCACUGGAAGGCUCAUCUGGACAAAUCAGGCGGGGCGUUUAACAGGAGGAUUGAAAAGGAAGUGAAUGAAUAUGAAGAAAAAUACAGAGGCAGAGAACUCCCAGGAUUCAUCAAUUACAAGACGUUUGAGGUGAUGGUGAAGGACCAGAUCAAACAGCUGGAGGAACCUGCCAUCAGGACUCUGAAAGAAAUCUCAGAUCUUAUUAGGAAAAACUUUAUUCAACUGGCUCAACAGAGCUUCACGGGCUUCCCUAAUCUUCUCAAAAUGACAAAGGCUAAGAUCGAGUCCAUAAAGCAGGCAAAGGAGUCGGAGGCCGACUCAAUGCUUAGGACUCAGUUUAAGAUGGAGCUGAUUGUCUACACUCAAGACAGCAUGUACAGCAACACCCUGAGAAUGCUGAAGCAAGAAGAAGAAAGAGAGAGAGAGAAGACUUGCUCAGAUGAUGGCAUUAUCUUAAGUAGCCCAGGUCCUAGUUACUUACGUAGUUCAUUCAGUCAUUUGGACAACAGAGCCACUCUUGAGGAACUCACGUUUCACCUCAAGUCUUAUUACAGUAUCGCAUGUAAGCGUCUGGCUGACCAGUUGCCGCUGGUGAUCAGGUACCUGUUGCUGCAGGAGUUGGCAGCACAGCUGCAGAGGGAAAUGCUACAGCUCCUGCAGGAAAAAAGCAACACGGAUCAGCUGUUGAAAGAAGAUCAUGACAUCGGUAGCAAACGCAACAACCUGCAGGGCCGCCUUAAGCGUCUAAUGGAAGCCCGCGACUACCUGGUCAAGUUUUAAAGUUAUAUAUAGUGUCUAGUUUGGAAAUAGAUAAUAAUGUUGAUCAUUUUAAGGCAAAUGAAGAAAAUAUACAUAAAAUCUAGCUUGUAAUGAACUAAUAAAGUGACAAACAAAACAUA